AUGGUGCACAGGCUGCUCACCGGCGAUAGGCUGGUGGGAGCUACGCUUCUGAUCACAGCCAUUGCCACCUUCACCUAUUACACAGCUUGGGCACUCUUCACGCCAUUCUUUCCGGAUGAUCACCCGAUACAGCAGCUCUUUCCCGCACGCGUCUGGGCUAUCAGGAUACCGCUCGUGUUGCUCAUUGUCGGCCUCAGUGGAGCGGGUGCCUUCGUUGGGCUCGUCCUCGUCCGGACGGGUCGAAAGAAAGCUGCUCAGAAAGAGGCGACCAAAGCGGCCUGA